UCCACAAUAUCCAAUCAUCACAGACAGCCGAGCAGUCGAGACAGCUCAAUAGGAGCUCCCAGCCCCAAAGCAACGAAAAUCACCAACAAAGCGGCACCUGCUCCUCGCGGUCAAACCACAGUAUCCUGCCCGGUGGCUCGCAUAUCCUUUUUUCUAGUGCCUCAAGUGUGUGCUGGUGUGUGUGCUUGUGCCUGAGUGUACGUGUUGUGCUUUUGUGUGUGCGCGUUGUCGUCUGUUCGCAUCAGAGCAACCAUGAAAGUUUUAGUGGUAUUAGCCUGUGUGGCCAUCGUUGUGGCCCGCCCGGAACCGCCGGUCGGCGGCUACAGCCACCAUCACCACGGAGGCCACGGUGGACACAGCGGGUACAACUACAAUGCGCCUGUCCCGGCGCACACGCAGCCCUUCGGACACCAGGCCCAGUUCGCGGGCGUAGCCCAGUCGGCCGGCGGCUCGUUCUCCGAUACGCUGUCGGGCGCCGUGACCGGCUCGUUCUCGGGCACCGCCAACACGUUGAGCGCCGGGAACGCCUUCACCAACGCCAACAGCUUCAGCAACGCGAACGCCUUCACCCAGUCCAACGCGAACGCCUUCACCCAGUCCAACGCUAACGCCUUCAGCAACGCCGGAUCGUUUGUCGCUCCCCAGCAGCAGAUCGUCCAGAAGCACAUCUACGUGCACGUGCCGCCGCCAGAGCCGCAGCAGUCGUUCCAGCAGCAGAUCGUCGCGCCCGGCCUGCGCCAGAAGCACUACAAGAUCAUCUUCAUCAAGACGCCGCACCAGCAGCCGUCCGCCGCCCAGCUCGCCCUGCAGCAGUCCCAGACCGAGGAGAAGACGAUCGUGUACGUGCUGGUGAAGAAGCCGGAGGCGGUCGGCGACAUCAGCCUGCCGCUGCCGGCCGUCACCAAGCCCAGCAAGCCGGAGGUGUACUUCAUCAAGUACCGCACCAACACGGAGGAGGUGCAGGCGCCGGUCGGCCUCAACGUCGGCUCGUCCGCCACUGCCCAGGCCGAUGCCGGCGGUCUCGGCUUCCUCUCGUCCAGCGGGGCGGCCCAAAGCUCAGCCGUCGCCCAGAGCGCAGCCGUCGCCCAGAGUUCUGCCGUCGCCGGAGCCCAUUCGCACUCGAACGUUCCCGCCCAGCAGUACGGUACCCCGGCGCACCACCAUGGUGGCUACCACUAAGCCCUGAGCCCCCGCCUGGUAGUAGUCCUCUGCGCCCCGCUCACCCGUUAGCGACGCAGUGGAGUUUCGGGCACGACUCAACUCCUUCAUACUUCUGGUAUUCGCCAUUUUUGUUUUGUUCUUCCUCUUUCAAACUUACCUUGCCUUAACGGUUUCAAAUCUUGUCUUUCUUUUGCUCCAAAACAAAAAAAAAAAAAACAAACAACUUAGUUAGUACAAUUUUUGUAAACAAACGCCCCAAAAAAAUGCGAACCACUUUCGCAAAGUAAGGUGAAAAAAGAUGUGAAUAAUAGCACAUACAACAAAAAAAACACACACAAUGUUUAAAAGUUAGGACACAAAAACAAAAAAGCGGUGACAAAUUUUCUCUAGCAUGUAAGCAAAGACAAAACUCCCCAAGAAGAGGCAAGCGAAAUGGCGUACACGCGCACACCAAGCGGACGCGCGUGCGCCGAACGCACCCGCAGCACGUAGCAAAUUAAUACUCGGUUAAAUUAUUUAUCGCUCUAUUGCUACUGCCAGCCAUCUUUUUUAUUAUUAUCUCCCCCUUCGUCCCCCCCCCCCACUCUCUAUGCAAACGACAGGUUCAAACGUUUCCAUCUCUUUUCCUGCACGAUCGUGCACGCGCCGCACUCGAUCGCUUCCCUGACGAUUUCUCGCUCGCUCGCUCGCGCUCUCUCUCUCUAUCUCGUGCGCGCCUGCGUUACGGCUUGCGGAAUGCUGCCAGCGCUUUGGUUGACCUCAAGCCCUCCAGCAGACCGAUGGUGUGCGACACACAAGCCGAAUGCUUUGAACCCAGGUGGCAGAGCACAUGUUAUAGUGUACUUGUUUUUUGUUUUGUUUUGUUUUUACGUUUCAUUUUGUUUUCUCUUUCGUUGCGUUAUACCACUAUUUAAGUACACCUGUGACGACGACGA